AUGGCCCCUUCUGUCGCAGAGAACAUCAUCACCGUUUCUCUUGAACAUGCGUCUCCGGCCGAGCUCGAUACCAGGCCUUCCAAGAGGCCGAGAAAGGGUGGCAGCACCAGGGACGUUCCUGAAGAGGCAUCCCCGUCCGCACCGGCGCAAUUAGAUCACAUUUUCAUAGCGGAUGGCAUUGUGGCGAAGAAGGGGGGUAAAAAGACGCCUCUAUCAUGUGCUGAAUGCCGACGGCUGAAACUCAGAUGUGACCGAGUAUUUCCAUGCGCGUCGUGCAAGAAGAGAGGCUGCGCGGAAAUAUGCCCAGAAGGUGUACUGGUGUCGGGGAAGGGGACACGCUUCAUCCUAGCUAACACUGAACAACUACAUUCGAAAAUUAUCGAAAUGAGUGACCGUAUUCGCUCUCUGGAAGAGGCCCUAGAGGAGAUCCAUUCCUCCAUCAACACGGAGACCCAUCCUUUGUUGGCUUCGAAUGAGCUACUCAACAUCAAGAGCACUAUGGGUUUAUACGGCGGGACACAGAAGGGUGGUAAUGAAUCCGCUCACGGGGGCCACACCUCCUCGACGCCUUCUGAUGGCGGCCACGAUAAUCACACGGACGACAAGUCUGGACAAAUGGACGUGGAUUCUACGAGAUUCGAAUACGCAAGCCAACCCGAUCAGAAACGCCAGGACACCAAAGACUCCCCGUCACUAUAUUCCGCCUCUGCACUCAAUUAUGAUAAAUUGCUAACACCCGAGAUCAUGCGCUUGAGCGAUAGUUUCCCCAUCAGCGGAAAUGUGUCUCCAGAGCCAAAUCCGAAGGUUAGAGAAUUCAUUCGGAGUAAGCUUCCCCCGAGGCAUGUGGCUGAGCAUCUUUGGGAGCAAGCGAAACAAAACGCUCUUUGGCAAUACAAUCCCCACCCCAACGAAACGUUCCUACCCAACCUCAUAAACCACGUCUACACUUCGUCUAUCCAUGAUCUAUGUCCACGCCGACUGUCGUUACUGCUGAUGAUUAUGGCUGUGGGGACGCUGGUUGAUCUCACGGAGCCCCAGUAUCAACAUUCGACCUCUCCAUUAGAUGCCUUGCAGGUGCUUGAAAGUCGCGCCGAACAAUACCAUCACCUCGCCCGUGCUGCACUGUGCGAAAUACCGGUCAUGGAGGAGACAAACAUCGACACCAUCAUAGCGCUCUUUUACGAAAUAUGGUACCUGUUGGUAUUCUCAGAUCGCAAAAAGGCCGCUGGGUACGCUUUUGGGUUGAUGGGUCUGACUGCUAAGUUGGCCCAAAGCAUUGGUCUCCAUCGUGAUGGCGUCAAGUCGAAAAUGAUUCCGGAAGAGGUUGAAAAGAGGCGGUCGUUAUUCUGGGAGCUCUUGUACCUGGACGCCCGAUUAUCGCUUUCAUUAGGCCGACCCCCAUCUCUCAUUCGCAACCAUGUGGACUGCAAGCGACCGUCAUAUUUGCCUGUUGAAGGCUGUGACCCCGCUGAGAGUCUUCACUUCUUCCAAGAAUGGAAACACUCGUCGUACAUCUCCUGCCUCUCCCCCGUGCUCGAAUUAAUCUCCGGGCCGCCUUCAUCCCUCGACUAUGCGCAAGUUAUUGAACUCGAUACACGCAUUCGAGAGUUCACAGUGCCACCACCGUUGAGAUCAGGCGCUACCCAUUCGCGGCAAUUGAUGAUGCAGAAGGCAAGUCUGAGUACUGCUUUAGAGGCAGUGCUCCUCCAACUCCACCGUACAUUCUUUACUAGAGCGCUGAGUGGGCCCGAGAGGGCGUUUAAUCGAAGGCAUCCGUUCGCACCGUCCGUUGUUGCUGUCUUUCUGAGUGCUUCACGGAUGAUUGCAACGGUCGAGGCGCUGUUCAGGCGAGAGCCUAACUUAACGUCUAGAAUAUUGGCUUUCUGGUCCAAUGCAUUCAGUGCGGCGGUUGCGCUGUGCCUUCUCGUGUCACGCGCACCUUUUACAUGCCUUUCUCCAGCGGCGCUUCAGGAGUUAGAGCGUGCGAGGAUUCUGUUCGAGGCCGCGAAGGAUACUUGCCCCCGAGCGAUGCAAGUUAUCCCGAUCCUGGACACAUUGGUGGUGAAAGCUAAUCACAUUUAUACCCGGUGGGCAGAGGGGGACGACGUCCCAUCUUUGGCGCUUCGUCACACGUUGUCCGAUGACCCUGUGCAAGAGGCGAUGAUGCAGCAGCAGAAUCAACAACUCUCGCCCGAUUCAUUCGCGAAUGCUCACCGAUCACUGUCACAAUGCAUAGCUGAAGUACAUCAACGGGCAAUGAUCCUAUUCCCAUCUAGGAAACCUUGUCAAUGCGCACAACGAACGCAGGCCAGCAGAGCAACGCCAUGCCCUCCCAGCCAUUCAUGGAGUCCACCGCCGAAGCUCAGUCCGAGUCAAGAAAUGUCACCCGUUCUUCCGGACCUUUACGAUGGUUCGAUGUUGCACGGAGUUUUACCAGGCAACGGUCCAGGCAUAACAGCGAUCAACGUAGGGUUGAACCCGGCGUCGCGCAUGGCUGUCGUGGAAAGUAUCAAUUUCGACUUCGGCGCGUUGAACCAGACCUGGAAUGACGGCAGCCAGAACUGGAUGGCAUGGUUCUGA